CAAAACCCUCGUCAUCCUCUUCCUCCCCUAUUCUCGCUUUGCUCGAUUCGCGCCACCCGCCAACUAAACCAUGUUGCAGAGCAAAUCGUUCGUGAAGAAGACGAAGCAGGGAAGAGUCAUCAAGGUCGUAAGAGAACACUACCUCAGGGAUGACAUCUACUGUGGCGCUGUGAUAUGUAAGGUCUGCGACGCUUCCUCUGCUCGGCUUAGCUCUGCUGCCUCUACAAUCCUAAUCAUCGACACCAACGUUGUGCUCCAUCAGAUCGAUUUGCUUGAGAAUCCAGCGAUAAAGAAUGUCGUCGUGCUCUCGGUGGUUCUGGAGGAGGUUAGAAACAAAAAUGCGGGGGUGUACAAUAGGAUCAAGACUCUCUGCACCGAUGCGAUGAAGAAUUUUUUCGUUUUCUCGAAUGAGCAUCACAGGGAUACUUAUGUCAAAGAGAUGGUUGGGGAGAGCCCAAAUGACAGAAAUGACAGAGCUAUCCGGGUUGCCGCUCAUUGGUAUCAAAGCCACUUAGGUGGAAGCACACAAAUAUUACUAAUUACCAAUGACAGAGAGAAUAAGAAAAAAGCCAUUGAAGAGGGACUUUUUGCAGAAACAGUGGAGUCAUAUGUAAGAUCUCUUCAGCAGCCAAAUUUACUGGACCUAGUUGUCAUCCCGACAGCUCUAGACAUUGUAAAGGAAGAAGUCGAUGAUCUAAGACCAUCGAAACGAAAAGUUUUCUACCUUGAGCACAAACCUAUGUCGGAGAUCACUUCUGGCCUUCUCCAUAGAAUUUACCAUCAGGGAAAGCUUCGAGUUAACCGAUACAAUCCAUUUGAGGCUUAUGUUGGAAGCGAAAGUGUUGGUGAUGAGAUAGUGAUUUAUGGUAGGGUGAACAUGAAUAGGGCUUUUGAUGGAGAUAUUGUUGCUGUGGAGCUCUUGCCUCAAGACCAGUGGACUGUGGAGAAGUCCUUGCUUGCUGUGGAUGAUGAUGAAGAUGAGGAAGAUGACAUUCAUUUGGUUCCAAGCAGCUUUGAUGAUGCUCCAAGGAAUGCUAAUCUUGCAAAAGUUUCUGCUGGAUCCGCGCCUACUGUUACAAGUCGCCCAAAUGGACGUGUUAUUGGUAUUAUAAAGCGAAAUUGGAGCUCUUAUUGUGGGUCUUUGGAGCCAAUGCCAUUGCCUGCAGGUAAUGGUGGUGUAGCCCAUGCUUUAUUUAUCUCCAAAGAUCGUAGAAUUCCUAAGAUCCGCAUUCAAACUAGACAGCUCGGAAAUCUUCUGGAUAAGAGAAUCAUUGUUGCGGUUGAUUCGUGGGAUUGCUCAUCUAGGUACCCAUUCGGGCAUUAUGUUAGAACUAUUGGACAGAUUGGUGAUAGAGAGACUGAGAGUGAGGUAGUUUUAAUUGAAAAUGAUAUAAAUUCAAGGCCAUUUUCAGUGCAAGUUCUUGCUUGCUUGCCACCUCUUCCAUGGUCGUUGUCAUCUGAAGAUCUGGCUAAACCUUAUCGAAAGGAUUUACGGCAUUUGAGGGUUUUUAGUGUUGACCCACCUGGGUGCAAGGACAUUGAUGAUGCAUUGCACUGCACUCCUUUUGCAAAUGGAAAUUUUGAAGUUGGAGUUCAUAUUGCCGAUGUAACGAAUUUUGUUCAUCCUGGAACUCCACUUGACGAGGAAGCUGCACAGAGGGGAACAUCUGUAUAUCUUGUUGAAAAGAGAAUUGACAUGCUUCCAAAACCAUUAACUGAAGACAUAUGUUCUCUUCGGUCAGACGUAGAAAGACUGGCCUUUUCUGUUAUUUGGGAAAUGACACCUGAUGCAGAGAUUAUAUCUACGAUAUACACAAAAAGCAUUAUCAAAUCCUGUGCUGCAUUAUCUUAUGUUGAAGCUCAAGCCCGAAUGGAUGAUAGUCGCAUGAUCGAUCCAUUAACUACUGACCUGCGCAACUUGAAUUCAUUGGCAAAGAUUAUGAGGCAACGAAGAAUUGAAAGAGGAGCCUUAACACUUGCUUCGGCAGAAGUUAAAUUCCAAAUAGAUACAGAAACUCAUGAUCCUCUGGAUAUUGGAAUGUAUCAAAUUAGAGAGGCAAAUCAGAUGAUUGAGGAAUUUAUGUUGGCUGCCAAUGUUUCUGUUGCAGAAAAGAUAUUGAGACAUUUUCCAUUGUGUUCUUUGUUGAGACGCCACCCUACUCCAACCAAGGAAAUGUUGGAACCAUUAUUACGCACCGCAGCAGCUGUUGGCCUUCACUUAAACAUUUCAUCAUCAAAAGCACUGGCUGAUUCACUUGAUCAUGCUGUGGGUGAUGAUCCAUAUUUCAAUAAAUUGAUCAGGAUUUUAACUACUAGGUGCAUGACUCAGGCCGUUUAUUUCUGCAGUGGUGAUCUGACCUCUGCUGACUUUCACCACUACGGACUUGCAGCGCCUCUUUAUACUCAUUUUACUUCUCCCAUUCGGAGAUAUGCAGAUGUCAUUGUUCAUAGAUUGCUCGCGGCUGCUAUCGGUAUAGCAAAACUUCCACCAAUUUUUCUAGAUGGUCCGCAACUUACAGAGAUUGCAGACAAUUUGAAUUAUCGCCAUAGAAAUGCUCAGAUGGCUAGCCGAGCCUCAGUUGAAUUGCACACGCUUAUUUACUUUAGGAACAGACCUACGGAUACAGAAGCCAGAAUAGUGAAAAUAAAGGCCAAUGGAUUUAUAGUCUUUGUGCCCAAAUUUGGCAUUGAAGGGCCUGUUCACUUGACAUCAAAAGGAGAUAAAGGGGGAGAGUGGAUUGUAGACGAGGCGCAUCAGACAGUGACAAAGACUAGCACAAAUAUGAGCUACCGUCCCUUGCAGACUGUGAGAAUUCACCUGGAGGUUGUGGAACCUCAGGCUCACCGGCCAAAGCUUGAACUUAGUCUAAUAGACAUGUAAUGUAACCUUACUGUUCUGCUUCUGUACAUGUUCCAUCUUUUUAAUUUAUUUUUUUUAAUUUAUGUAUGUAUCGUUGAAAUUAUCCUGAAAACUUUAUCUUUAUUGUUUGUAACAUUAUUUCUCUUUAAUGUAUGAAUAAGAUUGCAUUCA